GAACACAUAAGACAGCCGACAGAGAGAGAGAGAGAGAGAGAGGAUAACAACGCAUUAUCGCAGAGUAUCCAUUGAAGCGCAGAGACUAACCACCAGUUCACGGGCCAAGAUGGGAAAGAUGGGUGGGAUGGUUCUUGUGUCCCUUCUGAUUGUGUUUCUCCUGAACACUGAAUCGACAUGGGCAAAAAGAGGAAGCAGUGGCAGCAGCAAGAAAACCUCUUCAUCAAGGGGUGGCACGCAAUCAAAGCCCUCCUCUCAGCCGGGAAACUACCCUCGACAGCCGCAGACUCCCAAUCGUAACCCCAACCCAUAUCCUCCUGGGGGAAGUUAUCCAGGAGCAGGCAACCCAAAUCCAGGAGGGGUUCCCAGACAGAACCCACCGAGUUAUCCGGGAGCUGGAAGUAACCCAAACCAGUAUCCUGGUAGAGCCAAUCCUGGAGGUUAUCCAAACCAGAACCCUGCAGGUGGAUAUCCAGCUGGAGGCGGAUACCCACCUGCAGGUGGAUACCCGGCCGCUGGGGGCUAUCCUAACCAAUACCCAGGGAGAGGGAAUUAUCCAAAUCAAAACCCAGGUGCUGGAGGCUACCCAGCUGCUGGAGGCUAUCCCAACCAAAAUCCAGGCAGAGCUGGCAACCCAGGAGGGUAUCCCAACCAGUACCCAGGAGCAGGUGGUUACCCAGCAGCAGGAGGUUACCCAGCAGCAGGUGGUUACCCAGUCAGAGGGGGAAAUACAGGACAGGGGGGAUGGGGUCAGCCUGGUGGAGGGGCUGGCGGUUACCCUGGUGGAGGGGCUGGCGGUUACCCUGGUGGAGGAGCUGGCGGUUACCCUGGUGGAGGGGCUGGUGGUUACCCUGGUGGUUACCCCAACUGGAACCCAAAUAAUAAGAUCCUCAGUCCCCGCUAUGGUGGAGGAGGAUAUGGAGGCCAAGGAAUGGGAGGGUCCCCUUUCUCUCGUUCUGUGCAGGGUAUGGGUUACCAGCCACAGUCUUCAGGUUUCGCCAAAAAAGCCAUGAUGGCGGCAGGCGUUGGUGCUGUGGCCGGGAUGGCGGUAGGGUACGGACUAGGGCGCUUCCCUCGACCACACUUCAAUUUCCGAAACCCCGAAGAAGAGCAAUACUACAACAACUACAUGUACAGCAAGUAUGGCACCAAAUCCACAGAUGAGAAAGAUUAUGGCCGUGAUUAUGUCUACAAACCUCCACCACGGGCGGAGUCCUACGACAAGUUCAUGGAACGCUGUAUGAACAGGACCGACCUCCUUAAAGAUAAGGGGAGCAGCUCGACCACGCCAAAAGGUCAAGAUGGAGCCAACGAAGAUGACGGUGACACCGUCGGCAUCGAGGAGAUUGGAUACCCCGCCCUAAUUGAGCAAAUGAAGGCCCGACGCUGUGUUGAGCAGUACAUGGUGUAUUCUGAGAGCUUUCUGCAGGAACGAAAAGCUGAGCAACAACAACAGCAGCCGCGUAACAGCAGCCCUCUGACCUACGGGUUUAUCCAACUUUUCACCUCCCUCCUCAUGCUACUGUCCAGCAUGCUCGUUCUCCAGUGAGAUCAAUAAGUCUUCCUUUUACCAUACAGCAAAUGGAUCCCCACUUUCCCCAUUAUAUCUGCACGUCCACAUAUCCCUUA